AUGGCUCGCUCUAAGAACGAAGAUGCGGCAUGGGAAAGCCAUCGCCAUGAGCUAAAAGCCAUGUUUUUAGACCAAGGUCUCACCGUUGAACACAUUCAACAACACAUGUCCCAAAAAUACAACUUUACAAAAAGCAAACAUCAAUAUCACAGGCAGUUUAAAAACUGGGACUUCAAAAAGAACUUCACGAGCGAUGAUUGGCGCUUUGUUGCACAUCGUCGUGAAAAAAGAAAACGUGAAGGAAAGGAUCCUGGCGAUGUGAUGCUAAACGGCAAUUUGGUCCCUGAACCAAAGGUCAGAAAAGCGAUAGCUCGUCAUGUUUUACCAACCUCUCAAUACCUAGGGACUGUUAAUUGCGAUGCAGAACCUUCAACUCCGGAGGGAAUAACUGUUGGCACACCGAGUUCAGAAAUGCAAGGCAUAGAGUUUAAUCAUUCUAUAUCCCCUCCUCAAAUGAAUUGGCUAUUGGAUCUUCCAGGAGCAGAAAGCUUUCCGGAUCUCGAUUUGUCCAACAUUAUUACUCCAACGGCCGAUGGCAUUUGCGAUCAAUUACCCAUUGCAAUACCGGAACUACAUGGCCCCGAUGCAUCUCACAUCCAAGUGAUGGAAAACUUGCCUGAGUUUUCUUCAAACCAAGAGGGCCUCAUUCGAGGGCUAUAUACAAGCAGAACUCCUGCCUUGAAUCCAGUGCAUACUGAAUCCAAUCACGACGGUCUCGGAUCCCUCAAUAGGGAUAUUUUAGAAGGAACUAGCCUUCUUUCUGCCAAAAUCUUUUCCAAUUCUGCUCCAAAUAUCAGCAAAUUGAGUGAAUAUCUCGAGCCUUUCACCAUGGAAAACGUUCACCAUGAGUUGAUAAGAAAGGCCAAGACUAUAUUUCAGACCGAUUCUUCGGACAAUCUACCCCCCUUUUUGAGCCUCUGCAUCUAUCUAUCAUCCAACAAUCUAUUACCACCCCUCGCAAUGAACAGGUUGGUUAUGUUGCUGGCAAAAUCAAAUUCUCACCUUCGGUUGGAAACUCUCUUGAAGUCACAGUCACAGUCAACGGCGAUGGAGAUAUUCAUGAGCGAUUUGCUAGCUAGUGCCGCUACGCUGGGAAAUACAGAUAUAACUCGAAUAUUAAUAAAUCAUGGAGCAGACUUGGAUGCUACCAGAGGACGACUCAUGAAAGCAACACCGCUUUCCCUAGCAAUCAAAUUUGGACAUUUCGAAUGCGUCAGAUUAUUGUUAGAAGCUGGCUCAGACCCUAAUUUAGCAACAGAAGAGAAGACUCCUCUUCACAUUGCAUGCUCUACACACAAAUGUUCAAUUGAAAUCGUGGAACUCUUACUCAAGUCUGGCGCGCAUAUUAAUCCUCCACAAGACUCUGGCCGACUCACAGCCCUCCAAUUGGCGGUGAAUGAAUGUCGAAUAAAUGUAGUGCGCCUUCUCCUUCAAUGGAAGGCUGAUCCAAACACUUUCACCACAUCGAAGCUUGGUACUCCCUUACAGAUUGCAUGCCGCAACUCAUCAAAUGCCGAGAUGUCAGAGCUUCUAAUAAAUGCAGGAGCAGAAAUCGACACAUGCUCAGGCCAUAAAUACGAUGAUGGAUCUUCCUCACACGAUCCCGACGACAGUGAUCUGGAACCUGAUUCGAAUUCGGAUUCGGAUUCGGAUUCGGAUUUCGAUUUAGGUGUCCUUGGAGCUUCCGAUAAUAGCAGUCUUUCGACCUUCCAAUCGGCCAUUCUAAUAGCUGCUGACAACGAAAAUUGGGAGACAGUCCAGCUCCUGCUGGAGGAGGGCGGUGACGUCAAUCCUAGCAUGAGCAUGUUCCCUAUCCAGGCUUUGCGAAACGAAUUCCAAUUCAACACUUUAUCCAGUCCAGUUGUAUUGACCCCAUUACAAGCUGCAGUACGGGCGGAGAACAUCACGAUGACACGUAUGCUUUUGAGUGCCGGGGCACAUGUUGAUGCAAGGCCCGAGAGCAAAUACGGCCAUACCGCUCUUCAGAUUGCUGCUAUGAUGGGGAAUCAGAGGCUUGUUCAAAUUCUUCUGCGAAAGGGCGCAGACAUCAAUGCUCCCGCAGGCGUCUUUAACGGGCUGACAGCGCUUCAAGCGGCUGCUUUCCAUUCAGAUACGGAGCUUUUGACUUUUUUACUAAAGGAGAAAUCCAAUGUCAAUGCUCCUCCAUCCUUAGAGUACGGCAAAUCCGCGCUAGAGGCAGCAAUAUCAAAAGGAAAUAUAGAUGCCGUCAGGAUUUUACUUGAUGCAUGCGCAUCCGCUAAUGUUGAAGUUGUUCUGAAAGGGUGCCUCGGAACAAUAAAUGAUAUAGAAGUGAGAGAAGAGAUAUUUUCUUUACUUAUGGAGGCUGGUGCACGUUUUGAAUCUCGCGCUGGGUCCCUUCAUACUGCAGUAUUCUGGAAAGAUAUUGAUAUGACCAGGAGAUUACUGAAAAGAGGUGCGGAUCCAAAUGCUGGCUAUUGUCAAACCACAAACAGAACCCCUCUUCAAAAAGCUUCAUCCGCGGGAAAUGAAGCUCUAGUACGCUUAUUGAUCAGCCAUGGAGCAGACAUCAAUGCACCAGCCUAUUAUAAUGAAGGCGAAACCGCUCUGCAGUCGGCUGCUUUACAAGGUCACUUGAAGAUAGUGAAAUUUUUGUUGGAUUCUGGAGCCGAUGCUCGGGCGCCAAUGGCUGCAUGGCCUGGAGUUUCAGCAAUAGGGGCAGCUACUAGCACAUGCAACGAAGAACUGGUCCAGACGUUCCUUGAUAGAGAUCCUGAAAUCAUUUCAUCCGAUCCAUUGGCAAAACGUGAUGCUCUCAGAGCCGUUUUGAGCCAUUGGAAAUGCAACGCGUCUAUGGUCAGGCUACUACUAAAGCACGGUGUUGCUGUGAAUACACCGCCAACAUUUUCCUGGUGGAAGCCGUGUCUCCAAAUAGCAGUAGAGAAAGGCAAUUUCGAAACUGUUCAAUGUCUACUCACUGCUGGAGCCGAUGUUAACCGUCGUUGGAAGCCAGAAAAGAAUGCUGCUAGAGUUACUGCUCUCCAGGCUGCUGUCUUUUCUCGAAACAUUGAUAUUGUGCGGAUGUUGAUAGAAUGGGGUGCCGACGUUAAUGCUCCAGCACAUACCAAUGCUGGAGGACAGACAGCUCUGCAAAUAGCAGUCUCGCAGAAUUACUUUCAGAUGGCCCAGCUUUUGGUGCAAAAUGGGGCGGAUGUAAACGGUGCACCAAGUCUACAGCAAGGCCUGACAGCACUUCAAGCAGCUGCUGCUGCCGGCAAUAUGAAACUAACUCAAUGUCUUCUUCGUCAAAAGGCUGACGUCAAUGCCCCAGCUGCUCACUUUGGCGGUAUUACUGCAUUACAAGGUGCCGCAAUCAAAGGCAAUAUUCGAAUCGUUACGAUGUUGCUUGCGGCCGGGGCAGACAUUGGCGCAGCACCAGCCAUAGAGAAUGGACGAAGUGCUAUCGAAGGUGCUGCCGAGAAUGGUCGAUUGGAUACACUACAUCUUCUUUUGAACUACCACCCGGAUACUGAAGAGUUUGAGAUAAAAAAGAAGAGAGCAUCGAAGCUCGCUCUCGCAAAUGGUCAUCUGGCAAUCGGGAGAUUCCUAAUGGCAUAUCGAAAAAGUGAUUGGAAGUGA